UAAAAUGCAGACGUGAAGAGGUGAGUUUCGAUGUCCCUCUUGAAUUUGGCCAGGGUAUUUGACUGGCUAUUGAAACACAAACUGCUAUCUAAUUUUGUUUUGAAAAUACAAAAAUGUUUUUGUUUAUAUAUGCCAAUGAAAACCAUAUCCCAAAAAUAAGUGUGCAGAACUGGUAAAUGUUCAGACGUAUGUAUUCAAGUUGUAAUUACAGAACCUGUGAUCAAAAUCACAACUUGUUUUUGUUUUUUUUGUUUUUGAUAAAAUGAUUUCGUACUAAAACACUGAAAAUGUCAUCCUAACUUGUACAUCAAAUAUAUCCAAAACUCGUCACUUUCUGUUCGACCGCGGGUAAGAGAUGGUUGUUCACGUCAUGAAGGUGCCGCUACACGUCCAUACAAAUAUAACGAUGUUUGUAGAACAAAUACGUUUUUAUAUAAAAAAAAAAAGAGGACAAAUAUAAAAUAAAGUUAUCAGUGGCUCACAUAGAUAUGUUACCUCCCGCCAAAAAAUAAAUUAAUAGAAUACAUAAAUAAAUAAAAUGGUUAAAAGCAAUCAAGCGUAACCCGUUUACCUUGACCGAUGACCACCAAAAUAAAAUCAGGUGAAAAACUAAAUGUUACCUACAUGAUUGUGUAAACAUGUUAGACCUAUGACCUUGAACUUAGACGGACGAAAUGACACAAGGACGCACUGACAAAGCAAUAUCUACAUACCCCUCAAUGAGCAGGGGUAAAAUAAAGAAUACUGGUCUGUAAGAUGUUAAACAUGUUUUUGAAACCAUUAAUUAUCAUUAUUUUCAGAGUCUGUCAAAUCAAAAAUGGUGUCUUCAUGUCUGAGGCAAAUGCGAGAGAACAAGGUUUGAUGAGAGAACAAGGUAAAGCUGACUGGAGGGCAUUUGUGAUUUCAAGGGGACGAGAACUCAAACCAGGCGAGACUUUAAUUUUUUAUUGGUAACUGUACGGUAUAACAGUUAUAAAUGCGUUAGAAAAAAAUCCAUUCGUAAUCAUCAAAAGCAAUAUACUAGAUUUCGAUACGGAAAAAUUUCGUUAUCGUAGCGGUAAUACAGAAUGACACAACAAGAUAAUUUCUCUUAGUGAACAGUGGUAUGCAGUGUGAUAUCACAAAAUGUUUAUCACGCACACAUGUUUGAUCAGCUAUAAGAUAAGACCUGUUAAUUAUAAUGAUGAAAUAAACAAUAUAAAGUUAACAAUAAUGUUCUGAGUGCACAAAUGCAGCUGGUCUAGACCUGGAUUCGAACCCUGGACUUCAGAUUGUUACACUAUCCCUCUAACUGGCUUAGCUAUACCUGGUCAAAUGAAGGUGCUCUGGCUAAAGUGUGCUACAGUUCUAUCCAAACGAAAUUAAGAGGAGAUUAUUUUAUAUGCGCAAAACCACAGUGCAGUUGGACAGAGAUCCUUUGAUGGACUAACCACAACUUAAUAAAAGAGAGUUUUGGUUAACACAAGAUGUUUAAAUUUUCAAUACAAAUAAUGUAUGUUCAGAUUUUAUAAAAAUUAUGCCUUUAAUUCCGGGUUAUUUUGAGAUGGGACAUCCGUUUUGCAAAUAUUUACAUUGUUGCCACCUAUAUAAAUUUAAGAGUUGAAUAGCAUUGACACACAUGCUUCUGUUUCAGGUGGUUUUCUUAUUACAAUGAAUGUAUCAUCAAAUGAGAGCAAAGGAGGAAUCGUCGCAAAUAGAAAACGGACAAAUCCAAUUGGGGAGAAUCGUGUCUGAUAUGGCAAAAGAAGGCAUAAUAACACAGGAGGAAUAUCUUGCAACAAACUUCGAUAGCUACUAUCUCAGAACGGCAGCUGAUUUUACGGAGCCAUUCACCGACGUCAUUCCGGAAGUUGGAAAACUUGGAUUGGAAUUGGUGUCGAUGAAAUCGUUUAAACACUAUUUACCAAACCCCGCCUUUGAUAUCAUCAACAAAGAUGAAACAGAAAAGCUGGAAUACUCCCGCCAAAUAGUUGCCAAUGUCUACCCGUGGAUGCAUCACGUGCUUGAAGGAGGAUUGUCCAUUUCCAGAACAGAGAACGAGAAGCAGAUUAUCAUCGACCAAUAUUUCAAUAGAUUACAAAAGUAUGCGUUUGCUCAUUCUGACUUCAAGCCGUUGAUUAUCUUUACAGAAGUUGUCAUUAAAAAGGCCAUAUGAUUUACACCGAAUUGCAUGCAAAUAACAAUUUAUUUUCACAGAAACAGAUAUAUAAAUAUCAUAGCUGUUUAUGAUAACCAGAAUAUUAUAAACAUAUGUGGGAAUAUAUGUUGAUGACAGAAAAGGUGGUUUGCUAUAUCUGUUGACAUGUGUACUUACUUGUAAUAAUCAUAACAAACCAAUGAUAUCAAUUAUGACCACCUAUUUACUCAUGAUCAUGUUAUCGCCUAAAUUUUUACACGGCCAGGGACAACUUAUCGACUAUAUUUUAUAGACGGCCUGGGAUCAGUUAUCGACUGUAGUGUAUACACGUCCUGGUACCAGUUGUCGAUAUCAUGUUAGCUAAGCAUUCACUUAU